AUGCCUUCCACAACCACAUCCGCCGCCACAAGCACGGACACCAGCAGCGCGUCCGGAGGUAGUCUCCUCGCCGCAGGAGGCACCACGCUCAUCCUCGCGUGCCUCGCGCUUGGGCUCUUCAUUGGAGGGUUGUUGAUUAUGUUCACCAUGCGGCGGUAUCUCAGGGGCAGAAGAACAGCCACGGCGCAGUGGGAGAGGGACAUUGCUGCUCAUCCGUGGAUGUGGAACGAGCAGACCGCGGCAUGGGCACCCCAACCUGGUCUCCUCAUCGCGAUGGGUCUCAACAGUGCACGACACCCUCCGCGGGGCUUUGGGAAGAAGCCGGAGCUGUGGGAUCUUCACGUCGCGAAGUCACUGGGAGUGCAGUGGCAAGACCUCAUGCCCAUAUCUGCGUUCAAGCCAUUCCUCGCGGGCGAAUGCCAUCCUCCCCCACCCAGUACCUCCGACACUCACACCUCGUCAUCCACCUACGCUCCGUACACCCUUCACCUGUCGUCUUCAGCUCUCCACCCGUUCCGUGUGGGCUUGCAAGACACAGCCCAGGCCUUUCAUGCUCUCCGAUCGCCGCACGCUUCCCCGCACCCACCGUCAGUGGAUACCCAUCCCACGACUUCCAACGUGUCUUCGACAUCUACUACGGAGUCCGUCGAGCUCGGCGUAGCGAUUGCAAUAACACUGCCGUCCAAUUCAAGCUCGCGUAUACCUCCCUUCGUGUUGGGCAUCGCAGAUGUGGAAUGGAAGGGCUAG